AAAUUUACUUGCAUUUCAUUUUCUACAAAAUUUCUGCAAAAAGCUUUAUUGUGUGCUUCCUGCGCGUGAACUACUGCAUCAUUUGGAGAUUUCUACAUCAAGCUUUCGAAACCGAAAUCAGAGAUUGAGAAAAUGUCUUCAAAAGAAACAGUAAGUGUAGUAGGGAGUGAGGUGAUGCCCCUGCAGUAUGGUAGCAUGGACUUGGAGAGUAGUCCAUCUCCAUCUAGUUUAGAGAAAACGGUGGAGGGGGUGAGAGGAGAUGAGGGUAGGAGAGAGAGAGGUUAUGAUGUAGAUGUAGACAUAGUGGAAGAGGUGAAGCAGUACAGAUCUGAACUUGGGACCAGGGAUAACCUGGGUCACUUAGUGGAGAAUUACGAGAUCUCUUCCCGAGUGUUAGUUAGGCCAGUUGGGGUGGAGGAGAGAGCGUGUUCUGCUCCUCGGGAUCAUUGGAUGCCCGUGUAUGCCCACUAUUUGAUAGCCAGGCUUAGGUUUCCAAUUCCUGAGUUACUAGUGGAAUGCAUAGAAGCUGUUGAGCUCUAUGGGUCAAGCGCUUUAAGUGAAGCUAAAAUGGACAAAUUUUUGGGUGCUGCAGGAGGAGCGACCAUCCCUAAGAAGCCAAGGAAGAAGUCAAGGACUUCAACCAAACAAGUGGAUGAGGGAAGAGUUGGAAAUGAGGUAGUGCCUAGUACUGCAGCCGGAGUGGAAGAGGAAGAGCCAGAGCUGCAGUUGAAGAGAAAAAGUAGGGAGAAGAGAGGGGCACUACAGAAGAAGAAGAAAGUGAUGGAGGACCUGUUCGAGGCGAAGAACAUGACGGGGGCUAGGAGGUUUAUCAACGCCACCUUCCCCGAAGUGGACAAGCGUCACGCACAGGAUGAGGCUCUGAGGUACUGUGGGGCUUCGGUGGUGAAGCACGUUUUAAAGAGCGCGAGCUGGGUGAAUGGUCUAGCCCAGGAGUUCAUGGAUAGUGUGAAGGAGUGCUCCCUCUUGCAAAGGCAGUGUGACCAGCUGCAGAAGGAGAAGGAAGAGUUGGAGAAGAAGAAUAAGGAGAUCUCCAGCUCGUUUGACAACAUCGUCAACUUGUACCGGCUGCCAAUUGCCAUCAUUGCUUUCACGGACUGUAGAAAGAAGGUGAAGGCUGAAUAUCCCGAAGUAGAUAUUACAAAGAUCACCUUCGACGAGCAAAAAGAAGGAGUGGAGGAGAACGGUGAGAGCAUGUCAGUAGACUUCCGUCCUCAGAUCAAACUGAGGUGGCAGCAUGAUGCAGAUGGACGCGCUGUUUUCCCUCCAAAGUUUGACUUCGAGUUCGUUGCAAUGGAGGAAGAAGGGGCAGAGGUAGAGGAAGAUGAAGUGGAGGCAGGAGUGGAAGGAACUGAAGUGGAUGAGAGCCAACCAAUUCCAGAAGUGGAGGUUCAUCCAGUUCCUUCUGACGAUGAGCAGCCUCCUCUGCCAGACGAGCAGCAGCCAACACAGCCACCUCUUCUAGCUGAGUAGGAGCCAGUUGAGCCACCUCUUCUAGUAGAAAAAUAAUUUUUGUUUGUUAUUUUUUCUUUUAUGUUUUUAUUGUAACAACAGUAAAAUAAUCUGUUGUAAAACUUUUUACUUUGAAUGAAAAUUCAGUUUUGAA